UACAACAACGCGUACGACGAGGCGGUAACCGUACCAUGCCUUUUUGUGCUUGAAAAAUAAAAGUCUGGCAACUCGUGAACCGCGGGAAAGCUGAAGGAACUGCAGUUAUCACUUCAAGUUUUAACCACAAUUUCCUGUUGAAAAGGUAUACACAAUGGCAUUGGCACAGGAUCCCGCUGCAGCAGCUCAACAACAAAUACCAGCGGAUGGACAAGUCCCUAAGGCUGUUUUCAAGCUGGUGUUAUGCGGUGAUGGAGGUACCGGAAAGACAACGUUUGUAAAGCGCCAUUUAUCUGGAGAAUUUGAGAAGAAAUAUGUUGCCACCCUUGGUGUCGAAGUUCACCCCUUGAAGUUCAUGACGAACCGAGGUCUCCUCCAGUUCAACGUCUGGGAUACGGCAGGCCAAGAAAAGUUUGGUGGUUUACGCGAUGGCUACUACAUUCAAGGUCAGUGUGCCAUCAUCAUGUUUGACGUCACAUCCAGGGUCACAUACAAGAAUGUGCAAAACUGGCACAGAGAUGUGACCAGGGUCUGUGAGAACAUACCCAUCGUGCUGUGUGGGAACAAGGUUGACAUCAAGGACAGAAAAGUCAAAGCCAAGACCAUCACCUUCCAUCGGAAAAAGAACCUGCAGUAUUACGACAUCAGCGCCAAGAGUAACUACAACUUUGAGAAGCCCUUUCUGUGGCUGGCUCGUAAGCUGUUGGGAGACGCUAACUUGCGUUUCGUGGAGAUGCCUGCCUUGCAACCACCUGAGGUUCACAUCGAUGAAGCCGUUCUUAUCCAAUACAACCAAGAUCUUAGGGAAGCUCAAGAAACAGCCCUACCAGAUGACGAUGAAGAGUUGUAAUAUACUAAGCCCUCCCCAACAAACAAAAUGUUGUAAACAGCGUCUUGUUAUAUUAUUUUUGUCCUCUCAGAGACAUAAAAUAACUUAUCAAUGUAGGGAGACUUUUCCUCAAUGUGUACAUUGUUGUCUAGCGUUUUCUUAUCUAUUGAAAUAUUCUGGAGCCGGACUGUGAUCGAUGUUUGCCCUCAGGGGAGCAGUUUUUGGUCAUUAACAGUUCUUGGUCAUUAACAGUUCUUGGUCAUUGACAGUUCUUGGUCAUCGACAGUUCUUGGUCAUUGACAGUUCUUGGUCAUUGACAGUUCUUGGUCAUUAACAGUUCUUGGUCAUCAAGAGUUCUUGGUCAUCAAGAGUUCUUGGUCAUCAAGAGUUCUUGGUCAUCAAGAGUUCUUGGUCAUCAAGAGUUCUUGGUCAUUAACAGUUCUUGGUCAUUGACAGUUCUUGGUCAUUAACAGUUCUUGGUCAUUAACAGUUGUUGGUCAUCAACAGUUGUUGGUCAUCAACAGUUCUUGGUCAUCAACAGUUCUUGGUCAUUACCAGUUCUUGGUCAUUACCAGUUCUUGGUCAUUACCAGUGCUUGGUCAUUACCAGUUCUUGGUCAUUAACAGUUCAGAGCUAGUAGUUGAUGUGAGGCUUGGGCGACGCCAACUAUUCUGUGAAUAAAUUCUUUUGAAUCAAUUUUGAUUCCACCCAGGAGUUGCAAAUAAGGAUGUGACAUUUACAC